AUGUAUUGCUGCAAGUACUCCCAAGAAAAAGCAAAAAUUUGCUCCCUCGACUUCACCGGCAGUCAGGACGAUUUGUCUAUUGAUGGUAUGGAUAUAUCACAAUUGAGUCUUGAUGAUGUAUCUUCUGAAAAUCAUCAAGUUGGCGGUAGAAAACAACAUGGCGAUCUCUUCACUCAUCAUGUGGAUGAAUAUUCAUUCAAUGAAUCAGACACCGCUGAUCAUCAAGAAUUUGUGCAACCACCAUUGUUUGAGGAAUCGGAUAACUCAGAUGAUGAAAGUGAAGAUCAAUUGCUCAGCUCAGAUAUUAGUGGCGACUGUCAGAGUGACUUUGUGCCAAGUUCAAGCACAUCAUCAAAGUCUGUAAUCAUCUGCCUCAACUGGAUAGAGGAGUACUGUUCCAAGAGAGGAGACUGCAUGCCUCACAAGGAUGAAAUUCGCUUGCCCAACGGCCUCACAAAAAGAGACAUAUAUCACCAAUAUCUCACCGAAACCUCUGACACGAUGGAACCGACAAUAGGACAGUCUACAUUCUAUCAACUAUGGAGAGAUUUCUUCAAUCAUGUGAGAAUCAGCAAGAGUGGUCAAUUCUCCAAGUGUCAGAAGUGUGUUGUUCUGAGGAAGAAAAUGGAUGAAGCAAAAACCAAGACAAGGAAAGAAAAAAUAAAGAAAGCAAUGAUAGAGCACAACAACAGACAGAUGUUUGAGCGGCAACUGUACUACAAAAAGCGGACUGCUUCUAAGAGAAACAAGACAAAAUAUCUCUCUGUUAUUCUAGAUGGUAUGGAUCAGAACAAAACAAAUAUUCCUAACUUCACAGGAGACAAGGCAAAGGGCAUAAACGAUCUGGACCUCUUGAAGACACACGUUACUGGAGUUUUGCUCCAUGGUCAACAAGAAAGCCUAACAUUUGUUGACAUUUGUGAACACAAACAUGAUUCAAACAUGACCAUCAAUGUACUGCUGAAGACUCUAGCACAUGUUUCAAAGGGUCACACAAAGCCACUCCCACCCAUUCUAUUUCUGCAAGCAGAUAAUUGCUGGCGUGAAAAUAAGAACAAGUAUGUGAUGGCGUUGUUGGAGAUGCUGGUUGGAAAGAAGAUAUUUCAUGAGGUACACCUAUCAUAUCUUCUUGUUGGCCAUACUCACGAAGAUAUUGAUCAGCUGUUUUCACAAAUUGGACCCAAACUAAAAGCCAAAUCUGCAGAAACCAUCCCACAGCUCCUUUCUCUCCUGCCGAAUGGUGAGGUACUGUACGGCCUGUAUGACUUCAAGUCAUGGAUGACACCCCACAUUUCAAAUGUGACAGGCCAUACCAAACCUCACCAUUUCCGUUUCUCUAUGAAUGAGAAAAAGAAGGUUGUUCUGGCUGUGAGAGGACUUAGGAACCAUGAGUGGAAGGAGUUACCGCGAGGCUUCUGGCAAUACUCUGCCACUGGUACCCCUGUUUACCCACGAGGGAAACCUGCCCUCUUACAGCCCAACUUUGAAAACAUCAACCUGGAGAGGCUGGUGGACAGGGUGAAGGACUGGGCACUCCUGUUCAGUGAUGAGCACCAUGAGGAGUGGUGGAGGUUGUACUUGACUGAACUAAUCAAGGUGCGAGACGAUAGCCAUAAGAGAAGGCAAUACAUGAACCGCAAUAUUACUUGGUCUCUUCCCAAACUAAAGCCUUACGUCCCCGAUCAUGUGGUCGAGUCUGACGAAGAGGACACCAUAGGACCAGCGAUAGCUCCACAGCUACAGAAGAAACUUGAUGAGGAACUCCAGGUGCCACAGGUUCACAUUGCUGGAAAGAGAUCUACAAGCGGCACAUGAGUUCCAAAGGGAAUAUACUGUAUGUAUAU